ACCAAGACGCAGAAGAAGGGCGACAAGAAGCGCAAGAAGAGCCGCAAGGAGAGCUACUCGAUCUACGUGUACAAGGUGCUGAAGCAGGUGCACCCCGACACGGGCAUCUCGUCCAAGGCCAUGGGCAUCAUGAACUCGUUCGUCAACGACAUCUUCGAGCGCAUCGCGGGCGAGGCGUCGCGCCUGGCGCACUACAACAAGCGCUCCACCAUCACGUCGCGGGAGAUCCAGACGGCCGUGCGCCUGCUGCUGCCCGGCGAGCUGGCCAAGCACGCCGUGUCCGAGGGCACCAAGGCUGUCACCAAGUACACCAGCUCCAAGUAGACGGUUUCUGCGCUCUUUCUCCCAUCUUUUUAACCCAAAGGCUCUUUUAAGAGCCACCCACUUUCUCAGUAAAAGAGCUGAUCCUCUGGCGAA